CUCUUCUGAAUCGUGCUGAAAUGGAGAGACCCACCUCAGUGAUGUGCCUGAGAACCUGCUGUGUAAAAGACUGUAAACCGCUCUGUUUCACUGAAAAUCUAUCCAAGCUGGGACAACCCCAGCUCUCCAGGAACUGCAGUUUCUCUCGUAGGACGAUGAAACAAAGGCGGUCAAACAGUAUUACCAUGUGCACCUUGCCCAUCAUCCCAGAAUAUCCAGGCUUUCAGGACAUUAAGUCAUCAAGAAAUUAUUUGGAAACUCCAUCUUUCAACCAACUUUUCCAGGACUUGGAAAGAGGAAAGAGCUCCUCCUCACAGCUGAAUCAUUUUCCGGGCAGAGCUUCCUUAGUCCAUUGCUUGGGGAGCUCCUCGAAAGGCCACCCGAUGACCAGCAGUGGCUUCCACGACAAACCAUUGCAAGAGUAUUUCGACGAGAGGCUGAUGGAGCUCAGGAACUAUGAAAGUAAGAGGUCUAAUAGGAAGACAAAAGUAUUUGCUGAUAAGAACCAGAACCCCUUCCUCGCCCGCAGAGGCUCUCGGCGCAGAAGCAGCUGCAGCGCUGUGGCGAUGGUCGGGCACGGCCAGGAGGGCGAGGAGUCCUGCAGCGCAGCAAACCACGAUGACAAAAAGGGGCUCGAGCGUAGCCAUCGAGAGGAAACCCAGAGCGUCCCAGACCUCUACAAGGGUGACUUCUUGGGCCUUUUGACAAUGUACAUCGCUGCUCCCCUAGAAGCAUUUGUGCAAAAAUAAUGAUACCGGAGCUGGGUAUGGCUUUUCGUGCAGUCCUGAAAAUGAGGGGGAAUUGUCCUUGUUCAGCACCAUUCCGACUUAAGUAGUUUGCGUCUGACACAGAAAUGUGCUUGUCUGUGGGAGAAAAUAUUCUCGCAUUCUGUGUUCUUGAUUAGCAUUGCAUAUAUUUGUUUUCAAUUUUUUUUCGCAAAGAAUCAGUAUCAUUGGGACAUAGUUGUGACUUACUAUAUACAGAGUGUUCUAAAUACAUGCACGUUACUUGAAAUUUAAGUUGCCUUAAAAAAGGUGAUUAGUGUCAGAGAAGCAGCUUGGUUUCCUAUUAUGCAGUUUGUAUUAGCUAAUCUGAAGAGAGACCGUUGCAUUCUGCCUAGUUACUUUGCUUGUUUUAAGCCUCUUGGUUUUUAUCGUGUCACUUCGGUCCAACUCCUGGCGAUGUUUUGCACAGGUGCAAAUAGUUGAUGAGAAAUGAUUGAUUUUCACUCUUUGCCACAUGUAAUCACCAGGUGGAUCACCGUAAGUGUUUGAUGCACGAAGAAGCAAACACAGACAUAAGUUUUAAUUUUGAAUAUGAUCAGCCAUUAUGGGUUCAUUUGCAGACUCAAAAACCUUUGACUUAAAAAGCACUACGAGGGCAAAGAGGAGAAAAUGCUAGACUUA